UCUCGCCGUCCGAUGGUGGCCAGGUCCAGAGGAGAGCCCAACCACUCACGCCACACGGCCGCCGCCGCCGCCAUGCUCUGCUGCGGCCCAGAGAAGGAUGGCUCAGAACAGUCAGCCGACAUGUCCAGGUCACCGCGACACAAGCAGCAGCAACAGCAGCAGCAGCAGCAGCAGCAGCAGCACGAUCAGCCGGACAGCGCUGCCGGCUUCGGCAUGCCCCAGAUGGUGGUGCAGAAGGACUUCAGAAAGGUGAGCGGAAUCUCCACCGAGAUCUUCCGCCAGAUCGAGACGGUCGAGAACGACCUGGACGCGUCGACGGCGGCCGCGCUGCGUCUGGUGGAGCAGCGAGGCGAGAUGAUGGUCACCUCGCUCGAUCCCCGCCGUCUCUCCAAGAAAGCCUACCGUAUCGCCACCGGGUUCAUGGCGCAGCAGGACGGUCGGCACACGAUCCAGUUCGUGGAGAUUGUCAAGCGGCCCGGCCAGACGCUCGGCCUCUAUAUCCGCGAGGGCGACGGCGGCGAGCGCGCCGACGGCGUGUUCGUCUCCCGGAUCGCGCUCGAGUCGGCCGUCUACAACUCGGGCUGCCUGCGCGUCGGCGACGAGGUGCUGGCCGUCAAUCUGGUGGACGUGGCCGGCAUGGGGCUGGACGACGUGGUGAUCAUCAUGUCGAUUCCGCGACGUGACGCGCUGCACUACGGCUACGCACGGCUGGGGAUGGCCGAGCCGACGGACGCGCCGCCUCGCUACCAGGAGUACCCGAUGCGCUACCAGGACACGAUGCGGCGCCUGAGCGCCAUGCGCCGACGCACGGCCUCGCUGGACGGCUACGGCUCGGCCGGACCGGCUGACAACACGGAUGACAGUGACGGCGCCGUCAGCGCGCCCGAGCUGCGCCCGCGGAGAGGAGUGCCCCCGAGCAUGCGCGCGCCGGCAUCGCUGUCGACGUCCGACUACAAGCAGUGGCUGUCGCGCGCGCCCUCCACCGGCGCCAUCUACGAGCGCAUCCGCCAGUACCGGGACGCGUCGCAGCCGCCCGCCCGCCGGGGUGUGACGCUCACGUACAGCGCUGAGAACCUCGGCGCCGACAUGGCGCUGCCGCACCGCCGGCCCGAGGAGCGCUGCGUGACGCCGGCGCCGCAGCCCGAGGCCAGGUCGCGUUUCUCCGUGCUCGACAUCAACCCCGCCGAGUUUUUGCGGCACAGCUGGUCCCGCGCCUCGGCGGCCGACUCAGAGGCCGGUCUGUCCGGUCUGCUGUCCGUGCAGCUGCUGUCGGGCCGCGGCCUGCGCCCGGCCGGCCGCCAGCACCGCCUGCGCGACCUGUACUGCGUGCUCGAGUGCGACCACGUGCACAAGGCGCGCACGGUGAUCCGCACCGGCGACCUGGUGUUCGACUGGGACGAGACGUUCGAGCUCGACCUGAUCGCCAGCCGCCAGCUGGACGUGCUCAUCUACUCGUGGGACCCGCAGUUCCGGCACAAGCUCUGCUACCGCAGCUCGAUGGGCGUGGCGUCGCUGCCGCGCGACGGCGGCACCCAGCAGCUGGCGCUCAAGGUCGAGCCGCACGGCAGCCUGUACGUGCGCCUGCGCUACACCGAACCGAAGCGCUGCUUCGAGCGGCUGCCGAGUACGCGGCCCGGCGCGCUGUUCGGCGUCGACCUGGAGACGACGGUGGCGCGCGAGGGCUCUGGCCUCAGCGUGCCGCUCAUCGUCAAGCGCUGCGUGGACGAGGUGGAGCGGCGCGGCCUCGACAUCAUCGGCCUGUACCGGCUGUGCGGGUCGGCCGACAAGACGCGCGCCCUGCGCCGCCAGCUGGAGGAGGGCGCGCGCACGGCUGACCUCUCGCCGCACAGCGUGCCGGACAUCAACGUCAUCACAGGGGUGCUCAAGGACUACCUGCGCGAGCUUCCUGAGCCGCUCUUCACCAAGUGUCUGUACCAGAUGCUGUGCGACGCUCUGUCCGUGUGCCUGCCCGACGACUCGGCCGCCAACGCCAAGCUCAUGCUCUCCAUCCUGGACUGUCUGCCGAAGACCAGUCGGAGCACCCUGCUGUUCCUGAUGGACCACCUCCGGCUGGUAGCCUCCCAGGCACAGUGCAACAAGAUGACGCCGCAGAACGUGGCCAUCUGCUUUGGGCCCGUGCUGAUGCUGCACUCGGAGAUCGGCCGCACCGAGAUCGACUUCCAGAGACCGAUCUCCAUUCUCAAGUACCUGCUCACCAUCUGGCCGACUAAGUCAGUGCGCGAGGCAGUGACGGCGCGCGUGACACCGGCGCGCCGCUCUCGACUCUCGCCGCACCCGAACGCGCUGGGCCGCCGGCCGGCGGCCGGCCUGCGUGACGGCGAGCUCUCGCGCCGCGAGCUGGCGGCCGACCGGACGUACGGCAGCCUCGACUCCAGGGCGGGCCGGGGCGGCGGCGCCGAGCACCAGCGUCUCACGUACGGCGAGUACGGCAGCCCGCGCUCCAGCUCGGGGCGCCUGUCGAGUCCGGGCUCCAGGACCAAGGAGCGUCACGCCGACUCCACGGAGCGCGAGCAGCGCCGGCUCUCGCUGAGCAGCGCAGACGGCGAGACCUCCGACAGCAGCUCGACACAGCGCGCCGCCGCCAGGUCUCAGGGAGGCACCGCCUGA